CAACACAAUCACUGGACCUACACGCACGCACACCUUUCAUCAACUCAAUUUUUAGAUUUUUAUGUGCUUGGUAAGAAAUGAGUAAAACCGGUUGGGGCUCUUCCGGCGCUGCUCACUUUCUACUGGCGACCGAAGAUGCCGGAAACUGCUCGGUAUACUGCUCUGGUGGCCAAGAACGCCGACCAGGCCGCCAACGACAUGUCCAAAAUUUUACAAGUAGACUUGGAGUCGGAGCAACAAAAAGUAGACCAGAUGGCACACAAGCCGGCGGCUGUAUUCGGGUUGUUCUCGAAGGAGUUUCUCCGGCGGCAUGGGUUCCAUCUGCUCGGCACGACGAGCACGUGGUUUCUCCUCGACAUCGCGUUUUACAGCCAGAAUCUCUUCCAAAAGGACAUCUUUAGCGCAAUCGGGUGGAUUCCUCCGGCGAAGACAAUGAACGCCAUCGAGGAGCUUUACAGAAUCGCCCGGGCGCAUACCCUCAUCGCGCGCUGCAGCACCAUCCCCGGCUACUGGUUCACGGUGGCGUUCAUUGACAAGAUCGGGAGAUUUGCGAUUCAAAUUCUAGGCUUUGCCAUGAUGACGAUCUUCAUGUUCGCUCUGGCGAUUCCCUACGAGCACUGGACUCAUCCUCAUCCCAACCACCAAAUCGGUUUUGUGGUGAUGUACUCACUCACUUUCUUCUUCGGUAACUUUGGGCCAAAAAAAAAAAAAAAAAACUUUGGGCCAAACUCCACCACAUUUGUCGUCCCGGCGAAGAUUUUUCAGGCGAGGCUCCGGUCGACUUGCCAUGGAAUCUCGGCUGCAUCUGGGAAAUUAGGGGCCAUAAUCGGUGCAUUUGGGUUCUUGUAUCUUGCUCAGAGCCCAGACAAGGCCAAGGCGGAUGCCAGGUAUCCGGCCCGAAUCGGGGUGAAGAAUUCGUUGACUGUGUUGGGCGUGACCGUGGUAAACUGUCUGGGGCUACUUUUCACUUUCUUGGUGCCGGAAUCAAAAGGAAAAUCUUUGGAAGAAAUGUCCGGUGAGAAUAGCGUGUAAUUAUCUAUUAGUUGCAUCUAUUUAUCUAAUAAACAUCUUUAAAUAAUUAAAAAUUAAUCUCUUAAUAUUCACGCAGUAGCUAAGGAGUGACAACAACUAACUUGAUGGAUUUAGUUUAAGAAAAGAUUCAUAUGUGGUCAGUCUAUAAAUAAAAAAAAAAAAAAUGUUAAAAAAAUAUACAUAAUUUGAGUUCCCAAUCAAUAGCUAAUAUAAGAACGUACACCAUCAGUGUGUAAUUAGUUCCUUGAUCGGAAGCAUUCAUUCAAUUCCAGUGUUUUUUUACAUUCAUAUAAUGACUGUUUGUUGCUACAAUUUUUACAUUGUAUGUCUCGCUAUAAAUUAUUUAUGAGUCUUUUGAUUUUAAAUGUGGGUUAAAGAGAUGAACACCUUAUAUUGAUAAUUUUCUAUGAACACGAUUAAAAAAAGUGGACAUAUAUUCUUUAUGCAUUCAGUUUGUGUAAUUUUUCAUUCACACGUAUGUGUAUAUAUAUAUAUAUAUGUAUAUGUAUAAUUAUUUUCUGAUGCGGUAUGUAAUAAUUUAAUUGGAGAAAAUAUUGAGAUUUUUGUAAAAAAAAAAAAUUAACGCCAAAGUCAAUGGGCAAUUUGAUUGCAAGCAUUUUGGUGCAACGAUGGAGAAAUCGUCGGU